AUGCAAAUCAACAAGUCGGUAUUGGACCGACGCAUGGAGCGCUCCGGAGACCGGACGCGUCGGGCAGCUAACUCAGGACACUUCAAUUCUAAUUUCUACGCUACGGCUUCUCGUGACGCUGGCGACAGAAGGGGAUCUUAUGCCGGUUCAACACGUACAUCUCCAGACUAA